GUGUGUGUGUGUGUGUGUGUGCGUGUGUGUGUGUGUGUGUGUGUGUGUGUGUGUGUGUGUGUGUGUGUGUGUCACGGAUAUAUAUGAACCUCAGGGCAUGGACACGCACGCCACUCGACUGAGGACCCUCGCCUUGAUCACUUAGCAUCCCAAAACAGGUGUACCAGCAGUCAUGACACGCGUGGGGAUGGCGUUGUGGGUCCUAGCGGCCGCCUGUGUGCUGGGGGGAGCGAGUGCGGUGCCAUUGUUUGAGGAGAAGAGCGGAGACUUAUGGGCCGUUCUGGUGGCUGGCUCCUACACCUGGAUGAACUACCGGCACCAGGCGGAUGUGUGCCACGCCUACCAAAUCCUGCACCAACACGGGGUUCCAGACGACCAUAUAAUUGUCAUGAUGUACGACGACAUAGCCAACAACAGGGACAACCCAACCCCCGGCGUGAUAACUAACCGCCCUGAUGGCCCCGAUGUGUAUGGUGGCGUGCCCAAGGACUACACCGGCAAGGACGUGACCCCAGAGAACUUCCUGAAGGUGCUGCAGGGGGACGCGGAGGGCCUGAGGGGCGUGGGCUCCGGGAAGGUGCUCCAAAGUGGCCCCAAUGACCGAGUGUUUAUUAACCUUGUGGACCACGGCGCGCCAGGCAUCUUCGGCUUCCCCACCACCUUCCUGCACGUGGACGAUUUUAUGAACGGGAUCCUCUCCAUGCAUAAAAAUAAGCAGUUCAAUGAGCUCCUCAUUUACCUGGAGUCGUGCGAGUCGGGAUCCAUGUUCAAGGCUUUGCCGGAUGAUAUCAACGUGUACGCCGUGUCUGCCGCCAACGCCACGGAGAGCUCGUACGCAUGUUAUUUCGACAAUAAGCUCUACACCUUCCUCGGCGAUGUGUUCAGCAUCAAGUGGAUGGAGGAUACGGACAGGGAGGACGUGACGAAGGAGACCCUGGAGAAGCAGUUCGAGUUGGUGAAGGAAGAAACCACAACCUCGCACGUGUUGCAGUGGGGCCAGACCUCCCUCGCGAGCAAGAAAGUGUCGGCCUUCGUGGGGAGCAAGCAGACCAACGCCAGCAGCACCUACGGGCCCUUCGAGGAUGUUGAUGACCCAUGCCUGAAAUCGUCCGUCAGCAGCCCCGAUGUGCCCCUGGCCAGUCUGCUCCACAAACAGGAGGAGGCUGAGGACGACCUGAUCGGGGUGGACUACUGGAAGGGGCAGGUGGAGGAGCUACAGGAGAACCGCACCUUCGUGGAGGACAAGAUGGCUAAGAUCGCGCGUGCCGUGACGGGCGACGAUGAACUGGCUAAUAAAAUGAUGACCGACUCCCACCACGAGAUCCACAAUGUCCAGUGCCACAAGAAAGCAACGAGCGCCUGGCAUGACCUCUGCUUCGAUCUCGCACAGAACCCGUAUGGCCUUCGUCUGGUGCACGUUGUAGUCAACCUCUGCGAGCAUGGGUUCUCCGCCACCGACUUCACCAUCGCUGCCAGGGCCGUCUGCACCCACGACCCUGUCAAUGGCAUCGUCUAGUGAAAGGGGGUUUACUCUUUCGGAGGAGGAAGAGGAGGAGGAGGUGAAGGAAGAAGAGGAAGCCUGAUCGCAAUAGGGCAUAAGACUACUAAAAUUCACCACCCUUUUAUAAUCAUCAGGAGCAAGGGCGUAUACUCUCCCCUUCUUGGCUGAGAGGAGGAGGUGAAGGGAGUGAUGCCGGAAGGGAGAAGAGGAGUUAGGAAAGUUAAAUAAUGAAAAGUGUUAGAAUGUCAUCUUUUUCUGUGUUGUUCUAGUUCAUUAAAUCUUGCACCUUUCUCCUGGACAAUAGUUCUUAUUCUUUCUCCUUUCCUUUACUUUUCCUCUUGUUUUAUCUGUUAUUCCUUUUUUUUUUACAGCUUAGUCAGUUCAAGGGCAUAAAAUAAGGUAACAUGCUAAAAAAAAAAAAGCCCGCCACUCACUGCUCCUAUAAAGAGUUGCUGAUCCUCCUCCUCCUCCUCCUUUUAUUUCUUUUCUUAUUCCUCUUUUUUUCACUCCUAGUCAACCUUCAGUGUCUCACCUUUCUUCUUUCCAUUGGUGUUUAUUCCUUCUUUUAUUCCUAUUCCUUUUGCCCAAUCUGUUACUCCUCCUCCUUUACCUCUUUUCUAACUCCUCUUUCUUUCACUCCUAGUCAACCUUCAGUGUCUCACCUUUCUUCUUUCCAUUGGUGUUUAUUCCUUCUCCUUUUAUUCCUAUUCCUUUUGCCCAAUCUGUUACUCCUCCUCCUCUUCCUUUACCUCUUUUCUAACUCCUCUUCCUUUCACUCAAGCUUCAGUAUAUUUAAAGACUAUCUCACCAUUAAAGAGGAAAGGCGAGAUAGCCUGUACAUACUGAAGCUUGACUGGGAGUGAAGGGAAGAGGCGUAAGAAAAGAUAUGAAAGGAGGAGCAGGAGUAACAGAUAAGGGAAUAGGAAUGAAAGGAGGAGGAAAAAGAACAAUGUAAAUAAGAAAGGUGUGACAGCCUCCAUGCACUGAACCUUAACUUGGAGAGACAGGAAGAGGAGUAAGAAGAAGUAAAAGGAGGAGGAGGAGGAUCAGCAGGAACAAGAUAAAACAAGAGAAAAAUUAAAUGAAAGGAGAAAUAAGAACCGGUGUAACGAGAAAAUGGUGCAAGAUUUAGUAGACUAGAGGAAGGUGAUUAAAGAAGAUGACUAAUUCUAACACUUUUCAUUCUUUAACUCCUCUAAACUCCUCUUCUUCCUACUGGUAUUUCUCCCUUCACCUCCUCCUCCUGGGCAAAGCAAGAGAGAGGUUCUUGUUUCUUCUUUCAUUCCGUCUCUUUAUUUUAUUUGCUACUCAUCCUGCUCCUCCUCCUUAUCCUUCGCCUCCUCCUCCUCCUGGUCAAGCAAGAGAGAGGUUCGUUUCUCCUCCUUUCAUUCCUUCUCUUAUUUUAUUUGCUACUCAUCCUGCUCCUCCUCCUCAUCCUUCGUCUCCUCUCUUUUUCUUACUCCUCUUCCUAGUUCAGAUUUGGUGCACACAGGCAGGCUCACGUGUUUCUGAUUUGCUUCUAGGCCCACGAGCGAUGUUAGAUUCGAACCAAUCAAGUUACGAGUGUCUUUUUAAUUUUUUCCGUCGUUUAUGAAGUGACGAAUGACCAGAGUCUCAACCAGUGUCUCUGAUUUCUUCAACUGUAAAGGUGAGAGUCGUAACCUGUCUCUGAUGUCCCCAUGGAGCGCAGUGAUACACUUGUCGAUAGGUUAAUACAAUACUCAUAACUGUAUAUUCCCUUUUAACAUCUGCCUCCUAAUAUACACUUUAAGAUCAAUAAAGUUAUAAUUCUCAA